AGACCAGCAACAAGACACAAGGAUGUUUUGCACGUACGUUCUCCUCGUGGUCCUACUGAGCACUGGCAGAGGCGGACAAGCAUCGCUGUCAGACAAGCACACCGACUUUGGGCUGAAGGUCUUCUCCCACUUGGCAAGAGCCACCGGGGACAGCAAUGUGGUCUUGUCCCCCUACGGCGUCUCCUCCGUGCUGGCCAUGGCUCAGCUGGGUGCCGCCAGAAACACCCGCAAGGCCAUGACGGCCGCCAUGGGCUUCAACCUGCAAGAGCGUGGUAUGUCCAGGCAGCAGCGUAUGUUGCAGUUUGAGCUGCACAACGAGGAAGGUUUGGACAUGGCGAGUGGAGUGAUGGUGGAGAGGAAGAUGAUUCUGGAGAAAAGCUUCCGUCGCGCCCUCGUCAAGGCCUUCAGCAGCCACCCUCACCAGGUGGACUUCACCAGACCCAACCAGGCGGCCAGCGUCAUCAACGCUUGGGUGUCUGACCACACAGCAGGAGCCAUUCCCAACUUUUUGGCGCCGGGAUCAGUGUCGGACGAAACACGCCUUGUUCUCCUGAACGCCCUCCACUUCCAGGGGCUCUGGAAAGUUCCAUUCGAGCCCAGGCGGACCCAUGAAAGAAUGUUCCACUGUGCUAACGGCAGUGCUGUCCCGGUUAGCAUGAUGACGUUGACCAACCGCUUCAACUACGGUGAGUUUGUGACAUCCGAUGGCGUGGAUUACGAUGUUCUGGAGCUGCCAUACGAGGGUGACUCACUUAGCAUGCUGCUAGUGUCACCCUUCGAGCACGACGUGCCACUGAGCGCGCUCAGUAGCGAACUGAGCAGCCAGAGGAUCAAGCAGUGGCGAUCGGAACUACGUCAUGUUCGUAGACAAUUAUCCAUGCCCAGGUUUACGCUCAACUCCGACGUCAAUUUGAAGGAUGCUCUCGUCAACAUGGGCUUGGGAAACAUUUUCAAUCUAGCUACUGCCGAUUUUACACGCAUCACCGGCGAUGAGAGGCUAUGCGUGUCCAAGGUUUUCCAGACUGUGAAGCUAGAGGUCAAUGAGCGGGGAACAAAAGGAGCGUCAGCCACAGCUGCUGUGAUGUUCUCUCGAAUGGCGGUAGAGGAGCUCACUUUGGAUCGACCUUUCCUCUUCCUUAUCCAGCACAAAGGAACCGGAGCUAUUCUGUUCAUGGGACACUUCAACCAGCCUCUUUAAAUACAAAUGUAUUUUUCUUUACUGUUAUGACACUGAUGCACUUCACAAAACAAAGGACAAAUGUUACUAUGCUUAAUUUUUUGUUGUUUUUUUACUAUUUGUCUUUUUUGCAAC